AUGACAUCUCGCGAUGACCAGUGGCGGCAAUUCUCCGCGCUAUGCAGUGACCUACGCGGUGUCAAGAAUGUCAAGGGCGUAUCCAUUGCCAUUGACAAAUUGCAGUCAUUUCUAAGCGACGAUUACAGUCGUCAACUGGUUCAUCGCUGGCGGAGCUGGGGUUAUCUCCUCAACUGUUUGCUGCAUGUGAUCAAAGAAGAAAUGCGCUCAUAUCUCCACGUGACAACCAAGAAAAAGAGCAAAACGACCUCACGCUCCAAGAUACCACAGCUUCGGUACUGGCAUUACCUGCAUCCAAAUGGCCGCGACUAUAUCCGCCAGUUAUUUGCCUUUUCAGCAGCCGUAAUUAAUCGUCAGACGUCCCUGAAGCUCGAUCGUAACUUUGAGACACUCGUGGAUAAAGAGGCGUGGCUUACAGUGGAAGUGCUUGCUCAGUACCGAGUAUAUUGUGCUGUACUGGAUUAUAAAGACUGGGAAAAUAUGACAGAGAUGGCGCUAGGAAGCAUUGCGCCAAGUUACAAUGCUGGACGUAUGAUUGGAGUCGAGACAACUGCUACGACUCGUGUGCGAGUGAUCAGGUUUUUGCUCAAGAACUGUCCGUUUGAUUUGAUACCUGUGCUGCCCAGGGUAAUUUUAGAAAUUGAAAUGUGGUUUGAAGCUGCAAAAGUGGAAAAUAAUGUCGAUUUACUGGUAGUCGUUGCCUCGACGUUGAUGGAAACGUUGACGGACUUGAUGCGGAUGCAUUUUGGAUCGAUUGCGCCAUUCAUACUCAAACCAGGAGUGACUGUACUGGAGUUUAUUUGCAAGUCGAACAAAGAGAGAAAAAAUGGACUUAAAAGUGCUCCGGCCGAGUUUAUAAUGCAGUUUCUCGAGCUCUAUCAGCAUAAUGUGACUGCUGAACUCGAUGUAUGCUAUUUGACUCCUAAAAAAUUACUUUGUACGAUGAAGAAGCUGAUUCACGUUGCGUUGAGUUUAGAAGAAAUUAAUCUGGUGACAAUGCAUUUCUCCUCGGCUAAAGAACGAAGACUAGGAAAUGCACUGGGGAUCGACGACCAAGAGAUUCGACGCUUGUCUUGUACUGCAGACAUCAUCUUCCACCACGAUUACUUGGUAUCGGAUCGGAUGCAGAGCAUCACUGGGGAGCUGACACAAGACGAACCUGGAUUCGAUCAAUCUGACGUUGGUAGUAAGCGUCCAAGGUUUACGUCAACCGAAUUAGCGUGGGAGGUUGUCAUCGAGCGUGUCUUUGACAGCCCGCGGACAGACACCCAGUACGUGACUGCAAGCUCGGCCUCGCCUGCAUCGCAGCGACAGUCAUCGUCGGUGACGUAUCUAUCGAGAGAUUCCCGCGCAUCUCAGUCCAGACGGACUGAUACACAGCAAGCCAAUGAUUCUUGUUUGUGGCUACUGCUACUCCUGUCCAUUUUAAGGCGUCAAGGUGACUACUAUAUGUCCAACCGCAUCGGCGAUAUAAUGAUGGUGAUGUGGAAGCUCGGAGAUAUGAUGGUGGUCAAAGAACUGGGCAAAUGGCAAUCUUUGACGCUGCAGAUUUUAAUUCAGAUGGCUUCGCUUUCGGCACGGUUUCGCGACGAGUGCAGCAAUCACUUAAGCCAACACUGGUCCACUGUAUGGCGAAACUUGCUUCGACCAGAGCUCCCCUACGUCCGCGUCACAGAAGGAAUUGGACUGAUGAGAGGCCAAGCAGGUGACGCUGUACUUACGCUGUUAAAUUGCUGUAUUUCGUUUGGACUCGUCUCGAUAGAUACUAUUGAAGCAAGCAGCACGGAUCUGUGGAAUUUGCCUGCUUUUCGGCAACCAGCAGUAGAUACCCAAGUUUCUCGAGGGGAUACCAUGCGACCCUACGCGAGGUCAUCGAUGGCUUCUAUAUGCACGUUGCGGUCACUACUUCGUCAUGUUCAACUACCAGUCGGAGCCGACACGACCUCGGCGGAACCGCAAGGUAUACUAAACACUGGCGAUAUUCUUGACGCUAGCGAUGCGUCGGUGCAGUCAAGAUUGCUUCAAUCAGUAUUUGACCAUCUUCGCGCCCAAAUAUUUCGUAGGGACAUUGCACCCUCAAUGGGAAACGCAGCGUGUUUAUCUACAAAGGUUGAUUGGCAAACAGAAGUGUCGCCGAUGGUAUAUGCAUCUGUUAUUCGAUCAUUCUUUGGUCAAGCAACUUCAAUGAUGGAUACCCCUGAAGAAUGCGCUUUUACUCCUGAAUUGCUUCGCAAGUUUUCAGCAAACAGUGAGAAAGAAUGCGAAAGCUGGGUGACCACUGAAGAGCUUAAUGGUUUUGGAGUGGCCUUUUGCAUGCUUGAAGCUGGAUUGGAGUACCUUUCCAUGGCUUUUCCAUCGUCGACUGGGGUAAAACCAUCAGCUUUUUCGCCAUUAAUUCAAGCAACUAUCGGUAAGAUCGUCGAAACGGAUGGAUCUAGUUGGUACGAGGGAGUUAGCUCAUGUGAGAGAAAAGUCGACUAUUUCGAGCGACUUGCUGUUCCAGCUGGUUUAUUGAGAAAGCUGAUCCCACGUCAAAAUGUGUUUUUCAGUGCUGACUUUUGUGUGAAAGACAGUUAUGCUUGUACUCAAUCUAUCUCGAAGAAAAGAGUGCAAGCCCUGCAAAAAGAAGUCGUUAACUUGUUUUCCGAAUUGUUGUCGGAAGUUGUAAGUAAUUUGCCUUUCAAUGAAAGUAGCCCGAUCAAAGGGUUGCGCGUGCUGGCAAACUCGAUGGAUGUUGGACUUAUUCUUGCGGCACUAUAUGGUGAUGAACAUGUAAACCGUUCAGGUAGCUCCAACGAGAGCUGUAUUCGUGUGCUUCCCUUGCUAAAACAGUUCCUUGAGAUUAUUGCAAACUAUCUGAAGCCAAGUGCUAUUGAACAAGCCCAGCAGAGUCAAUCCAUGUCAGAGAACAUCGUACACAUACUGCGCAGGCUCGACACGAUUAUCCUGAUUUCACAAGGCCGAGACACACUGGAAAGAUGUCGUCAUCCUUCAGCAGAUCCUGUCGAAUUACGAACUCCGCCAGACCUACGCCCAGCAAUCAGGGCUAUUGUCAGCUCGUUAGAAGUGUCGCUGGGUAAUCUUGGUGGCACACCAACGAGUUCCCCGGGACAAAAAAUGCACCCGCCUGCUGGUUUCAGGUCGAUUCGCGGCCUAUCUAGGUUGGCGUCAAGUUUUAGCCAACCGUCACAAUCACAACUACAAAGCCAGCCGAUACAAAAGGAAUGGGAUGUUAUGGAUGAUGGUGAAGAAGAUGAGGUCUCUCGCGAUCGUCCUGCUAGCCGUGUUUUGCAGAAAAGUGCUAGUUUGUGGUGCUUUCGUCUCAUCUUGCUGCUCAAAAAAGAGAGUGGUCUUUCUGCUGUAAAGAACUUUUGCGAGGGUCUCCAGUUUGACCCCGAUUUCGUGCUGGCAAUAGCUGUUCUCGUGUGUGGUGUAACUGGUCACGACAGCCUGGAGGUGUUUGUCAAGCUAAUUGAUUAUGCUGCAGAGAAAGCUCUCAUUCUUGCUGGUUUGGUGUACGAAAAACGGACGUAUGAGCACAAUGAAUUACCUCCUACGCUUUUAGUGGCAUGUGCUAAGAAACAUCUGGAAACCAUGGCUGGUCUGAGGUCUAAAUCAAACUUACGUUUGGCCCGAAGAGCUGAGUUGCAGUGCCUUGAGGUAUUUUUCCGUCUCAACACGCACGAAUUUAGUAAGUUUGAAGAAGCAUGCGUAACUGGGCUAACAGACUGCGACGUGAGUGUCCGUAUCAUAGCGUCACGUGGCCUUCAAUCCAUAUAUUAUAUGUAUCCUGCAGGUGGCAAAAGCAUAUUUCGGCACUUUUUCAAGACAAUGGGAUUUUUGCGAGAUGUACCUGCCGUGAAGUCAAGCGCAAAUGUCGAGGAUGAGACAAAAGCUCAGCAUCAGCUAACGGGGCAAGGAGUUGCCGACCCUCUAUUGUCUAUAGACUGGUGUUUAUCUGUGUUGCUAAGCUUGUAUGUGAGUGCCUGCUCAUCUCAGAUGGCACUUCCUGCAGUUCUCACAGCAUGCGUUGAGAUGGCAUCUAUGACUGCAUCGCUGUAUGCUGCAGGCACUCCUUCUCUAAUUUCGAUCUGGCUCAAUGCAGUGGCGAUGUUUUACGGAUACGCUGACGUCUCUGAUUUGUUAGACGAUCACUUUUGUAGUCUUUGGCACGAAUUCAUUGCUGUAAGUCAUCAACCUGCACAGAAUGAUGACGAAACUAGUAUGGGGUGGAUAAAGAGCGACCUGGCAACUCCUCUACCAAAUGGAAGAUAUUUGCUGCAGCAGUUCCCGCUACAGGCGCUUCUUGGCGAAGAGGUUAAUUCGACUACCAGGAGAUCAAUCUUAUCGAAAAAUCUCGAUGUAAUUCUUUCGAUUGGUGUACUUCACUGCUUCAUUUUUGAAAAGGGACCAGCUAUCGAAGAGAACCGAUUUGAAUUCGUUGGCGAACUGACUUCCUUUUUCUUUUCCGGUGACAACGACAACGACAGCAUUCAUGGUAAUGUUGUGUCGGGGAUCGGCGAGCAGCUGACUACCGAUCUGUUUGCGUUUUCGUUUCUCUUGUUGGUGAAUCCUGACCCCGUGCUAAACGAAUUGGCAAAUCGGAUGCUUGAGGUAGCAAAGAAACGGGAACAUGUAAGCCCUCUUUCGUUAUCGCAUCUUGGGCAUAUCGUAAGCAAGAUGGCUCGAUUUACAGUGUGGAGAAUAUUAGAGGGGAAUGUCAACAAGCGAUUUGACCGGAGUGAGUUGUGGAAAAAUGCACUGAAAGCAAUGAAAGAAAAAUACUUCGACUUCGAUUGGAAAUCGAUAAACCUGGCUGAUCUGCUCAGCGAGUGGUAUGUGCUUUUGCUGAGAGCAGAACAGUUCUAUCCAAGAGCUGUGUGUGCAGUGGAAUGUUUCAAAAUUUUUGUUGUUGAAUUUGGUGAUGCAGUAGCUGAAAACCCUGUGUUGCAGCAUCUAUUGCUUUUGAUAUGCUUCCAGGCAACUAAACACCUAGCCACCAGGAACCGACAUCGAAUUGGAAGUAUGUUGUCACUUCUUGUUCGUGAAUUAUGUGAGCGCUUUUUGAAAAAGGCGGAUAUGUUUGGAAAAUAUCUUGGAUUUGUGGUGCAGGAGAUCAGUGAUAUUCUGUUGAGCUGUAAUGAAAUGCCACAGAGAGCUUCAAAUGUGAUGUCACUCGACACCAGACCGCAGAAGAGUUUAAGUUUGAAUGCGGACGAUCAAGCAGAACUAGAGAGGGUAAUUUUUGCUGUGUGUAAUGGCUUAAGCAGCGGCCUUGGAAAGUAUGCUCUCGACAUCGAUAUGAUACCGAAUGGUAUAUGUGGAAGUCUUGACAAGCUCAACGCUCAUAUACUUGGAAAUCAAAUGACGGUUUCGUCUAAAGGAAGCCAAGGGGAGAAAGGUCUUAGACUCAAUUCUUUACCACAGUGCACUGUAGACCGACGCGACCAAGCGAAGCAACAUAUUGAUAUGUUUAUCCAGAAAGAGCAUGUGCGUGGAACCAAGUUCUACAACCCACUACCCUUCAGCGGAUUUUUGAGGGCGAGCACUAUAGGGAAUAAAUCGGACAUACACGCUUCAACACAGUCGUUCGCAGAUGUUCGGUUGUCUGCCCUGACCACAAGUAUCGGAAGUAUGUGGGAUUCCAGUAAGUCAACGAGAAAGCUGUACGGAAAACUAGCUAACACGUUGUUGUAUCUAAGUUCCUCGGGCACAUUCAGUAACAACGAUCUCAACCAAGAUAGAGACAUGACGAGUCUAGCGAAUGCGUUGGGUGAACUAGGGGCUUUAGAUGCGAGCAAUUACCAACUGGGUCUAGCAGAGCAAGAAGAGGAAUUGUCCCGCUUGUAUCGACUACGUUUUCAUCGGGGUGCCCUCCGAGAGGUUACGACAACUUUUUCGCUUACGAUGCACGAAAGUGUACUGGCAUACCUGAGUUCUAUCGUUUUCGAAGGAAAAAAGGCUGGAAAAGUUGCACCAUCAGUACUCGAGCAAACGCUGAGGACAUUAAAAAGCGUUCUUAAUCUCGACGAGGGUGUACGCGCUUUAGCACGAUGCAAGGACGGAGAGCUCAAGUCAUUUUUGGAUCCUUUUAUAGGAUCAUCGCCGUCUAAUUGGUCUUCAGCUUUCCUGAACAGUAACGGAUACCAGGGCCAUCAAUCGAAGACUACACUACAACGCUGUGCGGAGCUGUGGACAUCCGCAGGAAAAAUAGGCUUUGAGGCGUGGGUUUGUUCGUUGACAUCAUUUUUGACUAGAAAAUCCCCAGACCAGGUGCUGAAGGCAUGCUCCACAAUGGCUUCGUUGCGAGUAGACAUGGCGGUUUUCCUUUUUCCUUACGCACUUGAAAGCAUUCUAAGAAAAUUCGAGCACCACAGGAGACUGGACGAUCAAGCAAACGCAACGGAGUCUACUGAUACUGACAAUUUUGCGGGAAUCACGAAAGCUAUCAACGAAGGCAUUAGCUUUGUCUUGACCGGAGCAAAGAGCUACAAGUCGAGUACCCUGGAUGGAAUAUCAGACGAACAAAUUCGGAGCCUAGAAACAAACGAUUCCCAACCACCCCAAGUUAUUCAGCUCGUCAUUCAUAGUAUCAAUUUUCUCCGUGAGACGGAGAAAGCUCAAUUUGUGGAAAAUAAUGGCAGGGAUAAGCGAAAACUAUCGACAGGAAGAGGACCCGGACCAAAAUUAACACGACCGAACAAAACUUAUGGAAAUGAGCUGGCGUAUGGUUGCAUGGUUGAUGUGAUAAACUUUCUUGCCGUUGCAAAAGCAGCUGUUCGCGUGAAAAUGCCGUAUUCAGCCAUGCAAUAUGUUGAGAUGUGGUUAGAAAAAGAGCACGGUGGAAGGAUUACCUCAUUGUCCUCACUGAAUAAUGACGAAAUGGUAAACACACUUCGCGAUAUUCUUAUUGAUGCAUACGGCUUUGACAACGACGAUGAUGGGAUAUACGGAGUCAACGACGGCCGAACGUUGAAAUCACAAUUGGUGCAAUUUAAUCGUGAGGGCCAGCACGCAAAGGCUCUUCCACUUUAUGAUGUCUUGCUACAAUUUUCAAACUCAAACGUGGGUGACGGGGGCGGAAAAAUAAGUAAUAGUAACCCGUUUCGACUCGUGGAGGGAAUGUUGAUGUCAUUACAAUCACUGGGGUACAAUAACCUACUCGAGGGUUAUUUGCAAUCAAUGCAAGGGAGUGGACGAUCUAUGGAAUCGAGAUCGGGACUCUCUUCUUUGCAUGCCUUACAGCAUAAAUAUGGACUUGCCUGGAAGAACAUGCAAUGGGAAGCGAUUCUUCCUGGUCUAUCAACCUCAGGCGAAACUUGGGAGUAUGAAAACAAGGAGCUGCUGGCGAACAAUUUUUCGCACCAGAAAAUGAUUUUUGAAGGCUUACGAGCAAUAGCUCACAGGAAUUUUACACACUUACAGAACGUGAUGUCAACGGCGAAGAAGCAGAUUCUACUAUCAAUUCAGUUGAGCCUGCAAUCAUUUGAGAGUUCGAACGACUCAUAUUCAGCUAUGGUUUACUUUCAGGCUAUUCGAGAAAUUGAGGAGAUGGCGAAUUACAUAAGAAAAUCCGAUUGUGUCGCAACCAAUGUUAAGUUUCCUACAGUCAAUCGGACAGGAGUAAACAUGUUUUCGUCUUCGUUUGAUGACGCAACUGUCGAUUUACGGGCAUCGCCAGCUGCAGAUAAUUUGCUUGGACGGUGGCAACAGCGACGCCAUCAGAUUAAAACGGAUUUUGACAAAGCUGAAAGUCUGCUAGCACUUGAAGAGGUUUUGCUACAAGUGUCGGAGGCACCAGAUAACAAGAAAGGGCUGAUGAAGUUAUAUCUUGAUCUCGCGUCGCUCAGUAGAAAAGCAGGACGCACAGCAGUGGCUUAUAGAGCUUUGCUUAAGCUCGAGCAGCUCGAUCAGAAUGGCUUGUUAUGCAUUAAUGAGAAAAUGCAGUGGAAGAUACAAAAAUGCAAAUUGCUAUGGAAGCAACAGGAGUUCCGUAGUGCAAUUUGGACAGGGAAAAAAGUGUGCAAUGAGUUGUCCACAUAUUUAAAUGACCUGUCAUUACCUGCCGAUGAAGUUACAUCGUUGCAGUUACUACUUGUUCGAGCGCUAACCAUUACCGGCAAAUGGAUUGCAUCUCAGCGUUCUGAAAGCUCCCGGAUAAUUCUGGAAGAGUACUUUCAAAAAGCUACCGGAAUCAUGACCUCAAUGGAUGCUGAUGCGGUUUCGAGGAGGGCGCAAAAUGCGGCAAAAGCACACUUUGCGCUCGCUGAGUUUAUGGCUGCGAUGUACCAGCAAGUUAGUAUUCGCGUGACGUCGCGCGAGUGGCUAGCAGGCAAAAAAGUGAUGCAGGCACGACACGAAGAACUCCGAGAGUUACAAACAAUGGAACCGAGUAUGCAGAAUGAGAAUCGAGCUCACAUUCAUGCUUUAAACAAAGAAGUUGUUCAUGACAUGAACGAGCGCUCAAAAGUGGAGGCAUCGGUGGAUCAAUUUCUAAUUGGCGCUUUGUGCAGUUACGGCAAGGGAUUGUGCUUAUCACCGCAGGCUGAGCUUGACAUGGUUUUUCGUAUGUUUUCGCUAUGGUUUAACAAUCAACACAAGGCUGAUAUCAAUCGAGUCGUCAUAGAAGAAAUCAUCGCGGUUGUCCCAUCGUUUAACUUUGUCCCUCUGUCCUACCAGAUAAUCUCACGCAUCAGUAGUUCUACUGAGAAUACUAGCACCUUUCAAACGGCGCUUCGUAAACUUGUCAUAAAAUUGAGCCUGGAACACCCACAUCACACGCUGAUACAACUUGUCGCACUGAAGAAUAGUGGAGACGUGGAAGGCAAAGGUGCUCUGCAGUUUCGGGCUAAUGUCGGAGACGCAAAAGCCGAAGGUGCAAAAGUGUAUCUGGCUGAGUUGAUGAAAACAGAACUACGAGAACUGCUUGAAUCACUUGACUCCAUGGCAAAUGCAUACGUUCAAUUGGCGCUGUUCGACACGAGCGAGUAUCAUGGACAGAAGAAAAAGAUACUUCUCUCGAAAGUACCGGUUUUCGAAACAAACUCAGGAAGAUCUAGUGCAACGCCCUUUGAUCAGUGUCUUCGCGCUCGUGCACGGCGAGGAGAUACUGUCGUGAUGCCGGCAGUACUAACAUCCUACAUCCCACCGCAAGCUGAUAUGGAUUACUCGAAUGUCGUUCGCAUGUAUUCGUUCGAGCCACAAUUCUCUAUCACAGACAGCGGCAUACAUCGUCCAAAGAUAAUUUAUUGCUACGGUUCAGAUGGCAAGCGGUACAAACAACUGGUAAAGGGUCAAGAUGAUACGCGGCAAGAUCUUGUUAUUGAACAAGUGUUCGAGACAAUGAAUCAGUUCUUGAUGGAGGAAAAAGAGUCUCGCAAACGCAAAUUAAGUCUACGUACAUACCGAGUAGUUCCGCUAUCACCUAUUGCUGGCGUGCUAGAAUGGGUGGAGAAGACAAUACCAUGGGGGUCAUAUCUUGUAAGCAAAACAUUAAAGAGAUUGUCAGCCCACGAGCGGUAUCACCCCUUCGAGUGGAAGCACGCUGAGUGUCGUCAAUAUUUGAAGAAUGCGCCGGAAAAACUACCAGCUUUUUUGGAAAUCCAGGCGAAUUUCACUCCAGUGUUCCACCAUUUUUUCUUAGAGAAGUUUCCGGAUGCGGCUGUAUGGUACCACCGUCGACUGGCUUAUGUACGAAGUACAGCCGUAACUUCCAUCGUUGGCUACAUUCUUGGUAUUGGAGACCGUCACUCGCAGAAUAUCCUGAUCCAUGAGGAGACCGGGGAGCUCGUGCAUAUCGACUUUGGUGUCGUAUUCGAUCAGGGUAUGGCUCUAUAUACUCCAGAAACUGUUCCUUUUCGACUCACACGAGACAUGGUCGACGGGAUGGGAAUUUCUGGUGUGGACGGUGUCUUUUCGCGAUGCUGUGAGGUUACCCUGCAGCUUUUGCGCAAAAAGAGUGCAUCAGUCGUUACGAUUCUGGAGGUUUUUGUGCAUGACCCACUCUACCGCUGGACGCUUUCGCCACUCAAGGCACUGAAAAUUCAAGAGGGUGGCGAACAGAAUGGAAAGAGAUCGGCUAUUCGCCCACGAAGCUUGAGCCGCUUGAACAGCAGCAAUGCCGUCAUCGGUCCUGGAAGUACAAACAACACUCAGCCUGCAGAAGGGAUACAAGCGGAACCUGGAAGCACGGAUGCAGCUGCUCGAGCAUUAAUUCGAGUCAAACAAAAGCUGGAGGGCUAUGAAGAUCCAAAUGGUAGUGCCCUUAGUAUCGAAGGACAGGUCAAGCAACUUCUUAGUGCUGCGCAGGACCCACAUAAUCUCUGCAAACUCUUUCCGGGGUGGGCUCCAUGGUUGUAG